CUCCUCACCUAGGAGUUGUCCUUCGAGCUCGUCUCUUGAGGUCGUACAGCGCUUCGGCGAUCCAUGAACUUCACUGUGCCAGAUCAAUUCCCCGAGAACGGUACAAAACGUGCUAUGCGGUUGUUGGUAAUGCACCUGUCUCUGAUGAAGUUCGCGUAGUGAAGACCUUGCCUGGUAUUGAGAAUGCCGUAAGCGGACGAGUGGUACUUAUUUCAUAGCAUAAGCGGGCCAGCCCGACCGAAGAAUGUGAUAAGUUAUGCAUGGAGAGCCCUGUCGAGUAUCUCUGCUAGAGCGAGCUUCGCAAGGAAAAAAAAACACAUUGCCGAUUUUCCUGCUCGUCUCGGCACUGAGCGUGCUGACCCUCUUGGGGGAAUAAACACUCAAAUCGGAGAAGUUUCAAAUGGACGAAGUGUGCCAGGUGUACAAAAGACUCGUUAGUUUUAAGGCAUCGUCACUCUCUCCCUUAAUUCCUGCAAAUAGGCCAGGGAGAGCCGUACGGUUCGCGUCUGAGUAAACUCAAAAGCAGGUUUCAUCUACAAGUACAACUGUACAGCUCCCACCGCCAUUCGCGCGCUUCAGAUUAACCUCUCCGUUUCAGACGCAUAGCUUAGCCCCUUAGUAGGUAUCCUGAUGGAGACGCAAGAGCGGUCAGGCUCUGGCCAGGAGAAGGGCAAGAGCGGAAAGCCCAAGGCAGCGGCAGCAGGAGCAGCCAUGGAGGAGGUGGAUCGCGACGUGAGCAGCUUCUUGGUGAAGAUGGAGCGCGGCGGGAUGAUUCAGUCGUUCGGAUGUGUCUUGCUCGUGGAGGAGGGCACGUUUCGCCUCCUGGCGUACAGCGAAAAUGUACCGGACGUGCUGUGCCUUCCUCAGAAGUCCUCCGGCGGCCCCCUCGGGUUCCUCGUGGACCGGGUAAUGCGCGCCAUCAACCGCUCCAACCGCGCCCUCGUGCGCUCCACCUCCCGCUCCGCCAGAACCCCCUCCGCCUCCCUCCCCCCUGGGGCCAGCAACAGCAGCGCUGACAGCGGGGGAGGGGGUGGUAGCACCGGUGGUGGGGGCGGGGGAGGGGUGGGGUUGGGAGUGGGGUGCAUGUCGCUAGACGACAAGGAGGUACGCGAUGGCGAAGCUUCCUCCGCAUCCCCACGCCCGUCGCGUCCCGGGGAGGUUGACAUUUCGAGCUCCGUGCCCCGGCCGCCCUCCACCUCCCGCUCCUUCUCCAUCCGCCGCCUGCUGUCCCGCUCGUCCGCGGGGGCGAGCGCCGAUGCCGCGGAUGGCACCGGAAUCGGCAGUCCGAAUGCGGGCAUCAAGGGGAACGUUGGGGGGAAGUCGCCGCGGACUUCUGCUGAUGUGGCUGCUCUGGAGGCGCUAGGACUCGGCUCGGACGCGCGCAUUCUCUUCACCCCGGAGAGCGUCAUGGCACUGGAAAAGGCCGUGGCAGCGCGAGACAUGGCUCUUAUGAACCCCGUCCUGGUCCAGUCGUCCCUCACCUGCCGCCCCUUCUACGCCAUCCUGCACCGCCAAUCCUCCUCCUCCUCCUCCUCCUCCACCAACCCCAGCACCACCACCGCCGAUGCUGCCACUUCCAAUGGUACCAGCAGCAGCAGCAGCAGCAGCAGCAAGAGCAAGAAAGGCACCAUUCUGAUCGACCUGGAACCCAUCUUGCCGACAGACCCCGCUGUGAACGGAGCUGGCGCCCUCCACUCCCACAAGCUCGCCACCCACGCAGUCGCCCGGCUCCAGGCCAUCCCCUCUGCAAGCAGCCUCGAUUUGCUCUUCCAGGCGCUGGUAGAAGAAAUCCGGCAGCUAACGGGGUACGAUCGAGUCAUGGCGUAUAAAUUCCACGAGGACGAGCAUGGGGAGGUGAUAGCUGAGGACCGGAAACGCCCUUUGGAGUCAUACCUAGGCCUGCAUUACCCAUCCACGGAUAUUCCUAAGGCGUCCCGGAUCCUCUUCUUAAAGAACCGUAUUCGCAUGAUCUGCGACGCCAAGUCCAAGCCGGCGAAGGUGGUCCAGGAGCGGGGGUUUUUGAAGCAGCCAGUGAGCCUGUCGACGUCGACGCUGAGGGCUGUGCACGCGUGCCACGCGCAGUACAUGCAGAAUAUGGGCAUCUCUGCGUCGCUCUGCCUGUCCAUUGUCUUCAGGGACCAGGAGGCGCUGCCGGCUGCGAUUGGGGGGAAAGGGGGUGGGGGAGGGGCGGAGGGAGAGGGCGGGGGAGGAGGGGGAGGGGGAGGGGGAGGGGGAGCGGGUGGGGGGGUGUUGGCGACGCUGGAGGAGGUGAAGGGGCGGCGGCUGUGGGGAAUGAUCGUGUGCCACCACACGGCGCCGCGCUACGUGCCCUUCCCCGUGCGCUCGGCAUGCGACUUCCUCAUGCAGGUGUUCACCCUUCAGCUCGCCAAGGAGCUGCAGCAGCAGGCGCAGCAGCACGAGCAGCAGAUCCUGCAGCUGCAGACGCAGCUGUGCCAGAUGAUGCUCCGAAACGCGCCCUUCCACGCGCUCAUGUCUCCCAACGCCCGCCCCUCUGUGCGCGACCUCGUGGUGUGCGACGGCGCUGCCCUGCUGGUGGAUGGGGAGUUCCACUCCAGUGGGACUGCGCCCACCAAGGAACAGGUGACCUCGAUAAUCGAGUGGAUCCAAGCCGCCCACCCCAACACCACCGGGCUCACCAUCGACAGCCUCGUGGCAGCAGGCUACCCCCAAGCAGCCUCGCUGGGCGACGCCGUGUGCGGCGUGGCAAUGGCCCAGAUUGGAGACUCUGACUUCAUCCUGUGGCUGAGAUCGCACGUGGAGAAGCAGAUCCACUGGAGCGGCGCGAAGCAGAAGGCGGGGAAGCGGGGGAAAGCGCCUAAGGACGAGCUCAAGGGGAUGAGCCCCCGGCAGUCGUUUGAGGCGUUUCUGGAGGUGGUGAAGCACCGGUCGGCGCCGUGGCAGGACCUGGAGGUGGACGCCAUCCACUCGGUGCAGAUCAUUCUGCGGGACGCCAUCCACCGAAUGAAGCACGGCGUGCCCGUCGGGGGAGGAGGGGGCGCCACGGCGCAGAUGGGGCUCUCUCCCGAGGAGCUGGACAAGCUGUACGCUGCAACCUUUGAUCAGCUCGUGCACUUCAUCGAGACGGCCUCUGCGCCGAUCCUGGCCGUUGAUCGCGAGGGGUGCAUCACAGGGUGGAACAACAAGGUGGCGACCCUCACAGGGCUGCCCUUCUCCGCUGCCAUCGGCAAGUCCCUCGUAGACGAUCUCGCAGACGUGCAGUCUAAGACGCAGCUGCACGCCGCACUCGACCUGGCCUUCCAAGGUCGAGAGGCGCACAACAUCCAGCUGAGGCUGCACUCCUGGGGAGCAGAGCGCAGCCUCUCCGGCCCGUCAACACGCAGCACCAGCACCGGCAGCACAGCUGCUGCUGCUGCUGCUGGCGGUACAGCAGCAGCAGCUGGUGGUGCGGGUGGGGCAGCAGCAGACAACCUAGGGAUUGACGUGGGGUCGAGUGUGAUUCUGCUGGCCAACACGUUUGUGAGCCGCGACGCGCAGCAGCAGGUGCAGGGCGUGUGCUUUGUGGGGCAGGAUGUGACGGUGGAGCGCGUGGUCAACGACCAGUUCCGCAAAGUGAAGGGCGAUUACGAGGCGAUUGUGCACGCGCACAGCUCGCUCAUUCCGCCCAUCUUUGCCUGUGACGAGUUUGGGCUGUGCACGGAGUGGAACGCGGCAAUGGAGAAGGUGACUGGAUUUACUCGAUUUGAGGUGUGGGAGCGCAUGCUCAUAGGCGACGUCUUCGGCAACCAGUGCCGCAUGGAGAGCGGCGACGCCAUGACAAAGCUCAUGAUCGUCAUCAGCAAGGCCAUGGCGGGGCACGAGGCGGUCAAGGUCCCCUUCUCCUUCCUGAACCGCCAGCGAACCCUAGUGGAGCUUCUACUGUCAGUGCAUCCCCGCCACUCAGCGGACGGCAACUCAGUGGUGGGUGCGUUCUGCUUCCUGCACACGGCGUCCCUGGAGCUGCGCCAAGCCAUCGACCGGCAGAAAACCGCCGAGAAGCUGGCCUCAGACAAGGCGCGGCAGGUGGCGUACGUGAGGGAGAUGAGCCGCGGGCCGCUGGACGGGCUGGCGUACUCAUUUGCAAGGAUGGAGCAGAUGGGCGGGUUCUCGGGCAAGCAGGUGCCGUGGGUGCGCACGGGCGUGGCGCUGGAGACCCAGCUGAGGAAGAUUGUGAAUGACACCGACAUGCUGGCCAUCGAACAGGGGCAAGCGCCCCUUGCCAUGCUGCCUUUCACCCUCGAGUCGGUGUGUGGGGCCGUGAUCAGCCAGGCAACUCUGCUGGCUACCCGCAAGGGCGUCAAGCUGACGCUGGAGCUGGGGAGUGACGUGAAGACGCUACCCCUGUGUGGAGACGCACCGAGACUGCAGCAGAUCCUGGGCGGGCUGCUGUGUGCAGCUGUGGGCCACACGCAGGCCACAGGGCUGGUGAAGCUGGAAGUGACUCAAAAGGGGUCCCGGCUCUUUCGAGGGACGACUACCAUGGCAGAACUCGAUAUAAAAAUCUCCCACACGGGCAGGGGCCUACCUGAAGAAAUCAUCCAGCACAUGUUUGACUCGCACGCCGCCACCACCUCCACGUCCAACUCUACCAUCACCAGCUGCGCCACCACCCCCACCGCUGCUGCUGCUGCUGCCGCUGAUAGAAGCUUUGGGCGGGCAAGCAGCGACGGCGGAGGGGGGAGCGUGGGCGGCACGAGCAGCGGGAGCGGAGCGCUGCGGAGCAGCGCGGAGGGCGCGUCGCUGAGCCUUAUAAGGAGGAUGCUGAAGAGCAUGAAGGGCGAGGUGGUGUAUUCCAGGGAAGCCGGUCGGUGCUUCUUCUGGGUGCAUGUGGAUUUCCCUCUGUCCUCUGCGCUGAGAUGGGGUGGUGCUGCUGGUGGCGCCACUGCUACUGCUGCUGGUGGUGCUGUUGGUAGCAUAUGAGUCCGUUUGAGUCAACUGAGAAGUCCCUCUAGCCGGGCGGUGCUUCUUCAGGGUGCGUGUGGAUUUUCCCUUGUCCUUGGCUUUAAGGCUAUAGGUGCUUUCUUCUCUCAGAAAUAACAGGUAUCUACCUGUCUUGGUCUUUCCUAGUGGAGAGGGGUGCAGCCACUGCUGCUGCUGCUGCUACUGCUGCUACCGCCGCCACUGCCGCCGCCGCUGCUGUUAUCUCUUCUGCUGGUGGUGGUGCCUCGCGACUGACCACGGGAUAUACCAGAAGUGCUUGAGGUUACCGUCUUACCUGUUGAAGCUUGCUGGAAUGCUAAGGCCGAAUGGGGAUUGCUUUGUGAAGGCUAAGAAAUAUUUUUGAGUCGUCUCAAAAGUCAACUUGUUACCGGUACUGAGACUAGAAAUGUCUCACACAGUAGUGUGCAUCGGCAUCGUUCCGGAUACGAGUGCAAAUGAUGGAGUGUGCAGGGCAGGAAGAUAAUUUUUUAGAGCAGAUUUUGAUGCCUGUUUGUACGGUGUUGAGUCUGGAGUGAUUUGUAGGGAUCGGGGAACAGCAAAUGGUGUGUCGUAACGCGUUGGUAGGUUUGAACAAGCGACGCACGGACGUGUCAAAUGUAACUUAUGUAGUUACUGUAGACCAUACUGGAUUGUGCCUUAGAGGGUACAACCCCUAGUCUACAUACCCCUGUAUCCUU